AGCGAUGAAGAGAUCAUAUCAGAAUACAAGGCUGACAUGUGAGAGACGAGAGGAUCCUAUAAACAUUGAAUGAACUCAGAUAUCUAGUUCCUCUUUCUUACUCUAUAUAGAAGAGAAUCCAAAGAGGAGGAGGAGAAGCUAAAGCAUUGAAGAAUGGUUUCGCGGAACAAGAAUGAUUCCUCUAUGCGUGAGAAGUUUCAAUUACUUCGUUCAGUCACUAACUCACAUGCUGAGAGCGAAACAUCGAUCAUAGCGGAUGCAUCAAAGUAUAUCAAAAAGCUUAAGAAGAAAGUCAAAGAAAUCAACAAUGGGACCACGUCUGAGCAAUACUUCUGUGAUCCUACCGAUCCCAUGGUAAUAGUGGAAACCCUAGAGAAUGGAUUCUUGAUAAAUAUAACGUCAAGGAAGAAUGAUGGAGGUAUGUUGGUUUGUCUUCUUGAAGCCUUUGAAGAUCUUGGACUUGAGGUUGUUGAAGCUACGGUUUCAUGUACAGACUCAUUUAGCAUGCAUGCUGUUGGUUCAUCAAAUAAUGAUGAUGGUGAAAGAAUGGAUGCUGAAGCAGUGAAACAGGCAGUUGAAGUAGCAGUCAGGACCUGGAGUGAUGGACAUGAUCCAAAAUGUAUCAUGCUAAGAAUCGGCUACCCCAUAAAGGAUAGAGCUUUCGUGAUCAUCAUUUCCAGCCAAUCACAGUAUAUCGGGUGCCAUUCUAUCUAAAGAACUGUUUGACGAGAUGGUUUUAGACCAUUUUUCGGUAAGUUUGCGGACAAAGACGUUCGUCGGAAUAACCGAAUGUUUGACAAACACUAUGAAAUAGUGUAUUUAUAUGUCAAAAACAAAUUCUGUUUGAAUGAGAAAUAAAUGUCUGAUAUGAAAGUAUGUGUAAAAUAUCCAUAUUAGAAAUAUGCUCUUGUAUAUAAAAUGGAGAAAUAGAGCAAAGUUUAAAACUUUGUUUACACUGAGAAAGAAAGAUAUUUGGACCAAA